AAAACAGUGAUAGGUCGCGCCAGGUUUUAGCAAACGAAAGUGUCGUAUCGACUAACGAGCAUUUGUUUUUCUUUAGAUCGCAGCAUUGUUUUUUACCUAAGACCGUCGAACACCUGCCGAACAGCGCCAUGGCCAACUGCAUCCUUCGUCGUGCGUGUAACAAACCAGCCUUGGUUUUCGCGAGAUCGCUCGUCGUAGGAAACGCAACUACAAAGUCUGCACUAUUCUCCGGCUCACUGCUAGCUCCGUCGCACAAACAGCAAAUAUUAACAUCCGCAGUGCGUCAGUUCGCCGUGUCACCGGUGCGAAAUUCGAGCGGCGGAAGUCAUGUUACCCUCUGGAACGUGGAGCGAGCCCUUUCGCUAGCUUUGCUCGGUGUCGUUCCAGUGGGCCUCAUGUUCCCCUCGCAAGUCGGUGAUACACUGAUGGCCGUGAGCAUUGUUAUGCAUCAGCACUGGGGCCUCGAAGCGAUCGUGACGGACUACGUUAGGCCAAUUCUGUUCGGCACCACGGUUCCCAAGCUGGCACACGGUCUACUGCUCGUCGUUUCCGCUGCCACCCUCGGUGGCCUUUUCUACUUUAACUACAACGAUAUCGGAAUCGCCGGCUGCGUGCGGAAAAUCUGGACAACCAAGGCGAAAGAGUAAGAAAUCGAA